CUAGAACUGAGUCAUGCGGUACCGAGUCGCCAGCGCUUUCGAGUACCUAGUCAUUACAGGCUAUGGUAUCGACAACAUCAAGCUCGCCAAGAAAUCAUGGAUUCUCCUUGGCCAAUCUUGCAGAGUCUUCGAUAUCUCCCCUGUCAACUAUACUUUCGAAGUCCAGGCCAUGAGCGCCGAGAAGCUUCCUUUCCUUCUUCCUACACUAUUCACCAUCGGCCCAAGAGUUGACGACAGUGAAAGCCUCCUCAAGUACUCGAAGCUCCUCUCUCCCCAUGACAGAAUGUCCAGCGACGUCAAAGAACUCGUCCAAGGUAUCAUCGAAGGUGAGACUCGCGUUCUUGCUGCUUCGAUGACCAUGGAAGAGGUCUUCAGAGGAACCAAAGAUUUCAAGAUGGAAGUGUUUGAGAAGGUCCAGCUUGAGUUGAAUCAGUUUGGACUUUUGAUCUAUAAUGCCAAUAUCAAACAGUUGGUGGACGUAAGGGGUCAUGAGUAUUUUUCUUAUCUUGGUCGGAAAACCCAGAUGGAGGCUGCUAAUCAGGCUAAGAUUGAUGUUGCUGAAGCAAAGAUGAAGGGUGAGAUAGGGGCGAAGCUUAGAGAUGGGCAGACGUUGCAGAAUGCGGCUAAGAUCAAUGCCAAGAUGAAGGUUUAUUCGAUUCAAAGGGAAGGUGAAGGGAAGAAACAAGAGAUUAAAGUGAAGACGGAUUUACAGGUUUUUGAGAAUCAAAGACAGGCUGAGAUUGCAGAGGCUAAUGCGGAACUGGCGACGAAGAAGGCUAGGUGGGCUCAGCAGGCUCAGAUGGCCGAGGUGGAAUCAGCUAAGGCGGUGGUGAUUCGGGAGGCCGAGUUGCAGGGAGAGGAGGAGAGGAGGAAUGCUUUGACUCGGAAGGAGAAACUCAAGGCAGAGCACCUCAGCAAGGCCAGUGUGGAAUAUGAGAUUAAGGUUGGUGGGGAGAUGAUAGAAGGAGCAGGGAGUGGUAGUGCAACAAUGAAGGAGGUUGCUGGGGUGUACCGAAUGUUGGCCCCUUUGUUUAAGACUGUGCAGCAGCAGACUGGGAUGUCACCGCCGGCAUGGAUGGGUUUUACCAAAUUUUUAUCUCUCUUCCUCUUCCAAGCUCUAGUUUUCUUUCAAGAAUUUGUCUUCUUCCUCAAGACAACCGAUUCUAAGAACCAAGUCAUGUGGUACCGAGUCGCCAGUGCUUCCGAGUACCUAGCCAUAACAAGUUAAGGUAUCGACGAUAUCAAGCUCACCAAGAAAUCAUGGAUUCUCUCUGGCCAAUCUUGUAGGGUUUUCGAUGUCUCCCCUGUCAACUACACUUUCGAAGUCCAGACCAUGAGUGCCGAGAAGCUCCCUUUCCUUCUUCCUGCAGUAUUCACCAUCGGCCCAAGAGUCGACGACCAUGAAAGCCUCCUCAAGUACGCCAAGCUCCUCUCUCCCCAUGACAGAAUGUCCAGUGACGUCAAAGAACUCGUCCAAGGUGUCAUCGAAGGUGAGACUCACGUUCUUGCUGCUUCGAUGACCAUGGAAGAGGUCUUUAGAGGAACCAAAGAUUUCAAGAUGGAGGUGUUUGAGAAGGUCCAGCUUGAGUUGAAUCAGUUUGGACUUUUGAUCUAUAAUGCCAAUAUCAAACAGUUGGUGGACGUGAGGGGUCAUGAGUAUUUUUCUUAUCUUGGUCAGAAAACACAGAUGGAGGCUGUUAAUCAGGCUAAGAUUGAUGUUGUUGAAGCUAAGAUAAAGGGUGAGAUAGGGGCGAAGCUUAGAAAUGGGCAGACGUUGCAGAAUGCGGCGAAGAUUGAUGCUGAGACAAAAAUUUAUUCGAUUCAAAGGGAAGGUGAGGGAAAGAAGCAGGAGAUUAAAGUGAAGACGGAUUUGCAAGUUUUUGAGAAUCAGAGACAGGCUGAGAUUGCAGAGGCUAAUGCGGAACUGGCGACGAAGAAGGCUGGAUGGGCUCAGCAGGCUCAGAUGGCCGAGGUGGAAUCGGCUAAGGCAGUGGCAAUUCGGGAGGCUGAGUUGCAGGGACAGGUAGAGAGGAAAAACGCUUUGACUCAGACGGAGAAACUCAAGGCAGAGCACCUCAGCAAGGCCAAUGUGGAAUAUGAGAUUAAGGUCCAAGAGGCCAAUUGGGAGCUAUAUAAAAAGCAGAAAGCUAUGGAGGCAGUACUGUAUGAGAGGGAGAAAACAGCCGAGGUUCAAAAAUUGGCCGCAGAGGCAGCACUCUUUUCCUGGCAGCAAGAGGCAGAAGUCGAGCUCUAUGCAAAGAAAAAGGAGGCUGAGGGGCUUGUAGCUCUAGCAGAGGCACAAGGAGUAUAUGUUAGCACCUUGCUGAAGGCCUUAGGUGGAAACUACACUGCACUGAGAGAUUACUUGAUAAUAAAAAAUGGGAUGUUCCAAGAGAUUGCAAAGAUCAAUGUUGGGGUUGUGCAAGGGUUGCAACCCAAGAUCAGUAUCUGGACAAACAAUGUUGGUGGGGAGAUGAUAGGAGCAGGGAGUGGUAGUGCAGCAAUGAAGGAGGUUGCUGGGGUGUAUCGUAUGUUGCCCCCUUUGUUUAAGACUAUCGAGGAGCAGACCGGGAUGUCGCCGCCGGCAUGGUUGGGGACACUUGAUAACUCUGAUUAG